ACUUGUUUGACAACUUGGCGCUUUGUUGUUUUGUACAAAGAGCUGGAUGUGUAUUCUCUAAAAUCCGCAGUAAAAAGCGGUUAAAUGGUGUUUAAUACAUUAGAUAAGUGAGGAGAAGACUUUAUAAAUGGCUGAGCUAAAGCAAGAUCUUCAGGAGUAUCUCCUUUCUAAGGAGUCCUCGUCGUCUUCACUAAAAAUUGAAAUGCCUUCUCUUCCUGACGUUCUGACUAAACCUUCGUCGUGGUUUUCGAAAGGCACCUCCUCGUCCUCUUUAGCUGCAGAGCAGAGUUCCACAUCUUCUUGCUUUCCAUCGAUGUCCCGACUGCAGCGGAUAAUUGGAUUUGCUUGCUGUUUGGGGAUGGGAUUGUUUUGCUUUGGAUUGUCCUUGCUCUACUUGCCAGUUCUUGUGCUGAAAGCGAGGAAAUUUGCUUUGCUUUUUACCAUGGGCAGCGUCUUCAGCAUGGCCAGCUUUUCCUUUUUGUGGGGAUUGACUGCCCACUGGCAUCACUUGACUUCUAGAGAGAGACUGCCUUUUUCAGCUUGCUACUUGGCCUCCCUCAUAGCUACAAUAUACUUCUCAAUGAUGGUCCAAAGCACUCCGUUGACGUGCUUGUGCGCUGUUCUUCAAGUGAUUGCGCUUGUUUGGUUCCUCUUGUCCUAUGUUCCCAGUGGUCACACAGGCCUUCAAUUCCUUUUUCGACUUUGCACAAGUUCCAUUGGACGGACACUUCCAGUUUAAUUUUUAAGCUAAUACGAUUAUAAAUUCACUUAGUGAUUGUUUCAAAAUAUUUAAUUGGAAAAUUAUUUAACAUUAUUUACCAAUGAGUUAAACAAUUGUAUAUUUUAAAUAUCAGAUGUGUUUAUAUUUAUUGAGAUUGUAAAAUGGAAAAAAUAUAAUUUAGUUGAUGAGUA